ACAGAAGAAACGGAAGAGGAAAGUAGUGAACACACUGAACAAACAUUGCAAUACAAAUCAGUGCCAGCAAUACACCAAAAAGAAACUGAAUUACGGGAAUCAAUACAGCAAACAACUUCAGAGGAAGAAACUAAAUUGGAAUCAGAAACCACAGAGUCUGAAAUAUCUAUUUCAGAAACCGAGAUUACUGAAAGUACUGAAAAUACAAUUACAGAAUCAUCAGAAUAUAAAACAGAAAUCGCAGAAAAAUCAGUUACUACAGUAGAAUCUGAAGAAGGAACAUGGAGGCAUGAAGAAGUAACUCAGGGAGAAGAAUUGACAGAAAAGGUUGAGGAAACAGAGGAGGAAACUAUCGAGGAACAUAGUUUUGCUUCUUCAGAGGGAGAAUCCAAAGAAACUACUAAAGGUGAAAAUACAAAUAUAGAAAAUAUUGGAACAUCUACACAAGAGCAGGAAGCUACUUUAGAAGCAUCUGCUGAAAAGACGAAUGUAUCGUUUUCCACUAAACCGGAAAGUGCUGAAGAAGAAAGUACUCUUCUGCUUACAGAAGAAUAUUCUUCGUCACUUACAGAAGAAGAAUCUGAAAAAACAUCUGAGGAAUCUUCUGUAUUCGAAGCAACAAUAGAAACAUCAGAAGAAGAGUUAAAAUCAAGGCUGGAGACUACUGAGUUGGAAACUGAGACUGAAGAGCAAAUAGAAUUUCAGUCAACUGAAGAAGCAGUUUCUAGAGAAUCGGUGCUUGAAGAAACUGAAGAAGCUUCAGAAGAGACAACCGAACCGAAAGAGGCUGUAGAGAGUGAAAUAACAAUAGCUCACGAACAUGAAUCAAGCUCAGAGAUAUCAGUUGAAGAAGAAACUAAGCCUCGCGAGUUACUAGCCGAAGAAAUAGAAUCAGUAACUGAAGUUGCAGAAUCUGCAGAAUCAAAUACUCCUGAAGAACAAUUCAGGAAAUUUCCAACAGAAGGACAUAUUUCUCAAGAAUUCGAACACAAGAAACCUGAGAAACCUUUAGAAGAAACUACAGAAACAAUUCCUGAAAUAGAAAUUGAACUACUAACGUUAGAAGAAGGAAUGGUUGAAUCAGCUGAAACAGAAUCUGAAGAAGAGAAUAUAGAGACUACUGAAUCAGAAGCUAUGGAUACAGAAGUUGAGUCAAUAGAAAUAAAAUCUAAAGAAACUUUAGAAACAACUACAGAAUCUGGAGCUCUUGAAACAGAAAUUAUGGAGUCUUUAGAAGGCUUAUCAACAGAAGAACAUAUUGUUGAGCAUUCAAUUGAAACAGAAUCUGAAGAAUCUUUAGGGGAGACUACGGAAAUAGAAGAAAGUGUAGAGACAGAAAUAUCCGUAGAAAAAGAAUCUGUUGAAACCGAACUAGAAAAGUUAUCAACAAAGGAAAAUAUUUCUGAAGAAAUAGAGCAUACAGAAUCACAAGAAGAAGAGCAGUCAAUUGAAACAGAGUCUGAAAUAAUUUUAGGGGAGACUAUUGAAUCAGAAGCUCAUGAAACACAGUCUGAAGAAAUUUUACAGGAGACUACUGAAUCGGAAGCUCAUGAAACAGAGUCUAAAGAAACAUCAGGGGAAACUAGUGAAUCAGAAGCUCAUGAAACACAGUCUAAAGAAACUUUAGAGGAGACUACUGAAUCGGAAGGUCAUGAAACAGGGUCUAAAGAAACUCUAGGGGGAACUAUUGAAUCAGAAGCUCAUGAAACACAGUCUAAAGAAAUUCUAGAGGAGACCACUGAAUCGGAAGGUCAUAAAACAGAGUCUAAAGAAACUAUUGAAUCAGAAGCUCAUGAAACACAGUCUAAAAAAUUUUUAGAGGAGACUACUGAAUCGGAAGCUCAUGAAACAGAGUCUAAAGAAACUUUAGGGGAAACUAGUGAAUCAGAAGCUCAUGAAACACAGUCUAAAGAAAUUUUAGAAGAAACUACUGAAUCGGAAGGUCAUGAAACAGAGUCAAAAGAAACUUUAGAGGAAACUUUUGAAUCAGAAGGUCAUGAAACACAGUCUAAAGAAACUUUAGAGAAGACUACUGAAUCGGAAGGUCAUGAAACAGAAUCUAAAGAAACUUUAGGGGAAACUAUUGAAUCAGAAGCUCAUAAAACACAGUCUAAAGAAAUUUUAGAGGUGACUACUGAAUCGGAAGCUCCUGAAACAGAGUCUACAGAAACUUUAGGGGAAACUAUUGAAUCAGAAGCUCAUGAAACAGAGUCUAAAGAAAUUCUAAAGGAGACUACUGAAUCGGAAGCUCCUGAAACAGAGUCUACAGAAACUUUAGGGGAAACUAUUGAAUCAGAAGCUCAUGAAACACAGUCUGAAGAAAAUUUAGAGGAGACUACAGAAUCGGAAGCUCAUGAAACAGAGUCUAAAGAAACUCUAGAGGUAACUAUUGAAUCAGAAGCUCAUGAAACACAGUCUAAAGAAAUUUUAGAGGAGACUACUGAAUCGGAAGCUCAUGAAACAGAGUCUAAAGAAACUCUAGGGGAAACUGUUGAAUCAGAAGCUCAUGAAACACAGUCUAAAGAAAUUUUAGAGGAGACUACUGAAUCGGAAGCUCAUGAAACAGAGUCUAAAGAAACUCUAGGAAAAACUAUUGAAUCAGAAGGUCAUGAAACGCAGUCUAAAGAAACUUUAGAGGAAACUGCUGAGUCAGAAUCUAGUGAGACAGAAAUUGAGAAAAAUCUUGAGGAUUUAUCAACAAAAGAGGAGUCAGUAGAAACAGAAUCUCAGGAAUCUUUAGAAAAAACUACUGAAACAGAAAUUAAGGAAGAAUUAGAAGGUUUAUCGACAAAAGAAUAUAUCUCUGAAUAUUCAGUUGAAACAGAAUAUGAAGAAACUUUAGGAAAAACUACAGAAACAGCAGAGAGUGUAGAAACAGAAAAAAAUAUUUCUGAGGAAUUAGAACAUACAGAAUCUGGGGAAGAAGAACAGUCAAUUGAAACAGAAUCUGAAAAAACCUUAGGUGAAUCUCUUGAAUCAGAAGCUCCUCAGACAGAAUUUGAAGAAAAAACUGAAGCUUCGUCAACGGAACACAUUCUUGAGCAUUCAGUUCAUACAGAGCUUGAAGAAUUAGAACAUACAGCAUCUAAAGAAGAAGAGCAUUCAAUUGAAACAGAAUCUGAAGAAAUCUUAGGCGAAACCACUGAAUCCGAAGCUCCUGAGACAGGAGUUGAAGAAACACCUGAAAAUGUAUCAAUAGAGGAAGAUAUUUCUGAGCAAUCAAUUGAAACUGAGCCUGAAGAACCUUUAAAGGAAACUACUGAAACAGCAGAGAGUGUAGAAAGAGAAAAAAAUAUUUCUGAAGAAUUGAAACAUACAACAUCUAAGGAAGAAAUGCAUAGAGUUGAAACAGAAUCUGAAGAAACUUCUGAAUCUGGAGGUGUAGAAAUUGAAACUAUUAGCACAACAGAAACUGAAGAACCAAUAGAAGGUAUAUCUACAGAAGAAGUCGAAUUGCAAAUUUUAAGCAAAGAAAAAUUAGGAAAACUCUUCGAAGGCCACACAUUACUACCAGACGCUGAAGAAAUGCCGACAGAACACUUAGAAACUAUAAACGAAAUACACCUCCAUACAGACUACGUAAAAGGUAUCAGUCAUCAACUAAACGAAACAUUUGAUGAAGACAUUGAUACAACAAGCAUAGCUGAUACAGAAAUCACCCAGGCAACAGAUGAAGAAAUUCUUAAAUCGAUCACAGAAGAAAUAUCAGCCAGUAGAACUUCGAAGUUGACAAUUGAAUCAGAAUCUAAUGAACUAAUGACAGAACCUGAAGAGACUCCUCAUUCAAAUGAAAAAAAUAUUGCUGAAGAAACAGAAUCUGAAGAAAGCCAUACAGAAAUUGUACAUGAAAAGACUGUUAGUGAAGAGUCUAUAAAUGAAGAAGAAGAAGAGAAUAUUGAAAAAGAAUUAAAAACAGAAGUUUCUGAACAUAAACACUUAAAACCUGAAACAAAUAAACAAGUGGAAGAAGAAGAACAUGCUUCUGAAGAAAUUUCCGUUGCUCUGGAACAUACAACAAUUAUCGAAAAACCUAUUGAACAUACAAACGAAGAAGAAAUUAUAUCGACAAAAGUUGAAGAGCUUGGGGACUUUGGAUCUGAAACUACACCGUGUGAAUUUUGUGAUAAAGAUACUAAGGAGCAUGAAGAAAAAACAGCUGAAGCAAAACAUGUUUCUGAAGAAGAAACUGAAGAACACAGAACAACCGAAAAUGUAUCAGAAGAAGAAGAAAAAUCUUCUGUUGUACAUUCAUCCACAGUUGAAGAGGAAACAGAGGGUUCUGAAGAAAAAGAAGAAUCUACGUUAACAGCUGAAGAAAUAUCUCAAGAAGUAGAAGAAGAAGAAGAAGAGGGGGUUCAUAAAAUUAAAACUACUGAAAAGUUUCCUUACACUCACGGGCCUCCGUUAUCAAGUAGCAUCGAAGAAGAAGAAGAAUCUGCUAGUGAAGGAACAGCAAAACCUUUACUUAUAAUUAUAAACAAUUCGGGAAAAAAACUGGCAAAACUUAAUGAAACUAUGCUUGAAAGUGUCCUAAAGAAACCUGUUUCCGAUUUCAAAUUAGAAUACCUGGAUAUCGGCGCAGAUAACUUAAGUUCUUCAACUGAAAAGAACAAAGAAUUCAUUGAUAUAGCUCACGAGGCUUGCAAAAAAACUGAUUACGAAGAGGGAAACAAUUGUUUUUGCGAUGUAAAGAGUUUCCUGGAUGAAAUAUCGAAGAAGGUCAAUCAGAAAGAGCCUGUAAAACCUUCAGGGAGUUAUUGUAAUAAAUUCUUGAGGCUUACUCAUGGACUAAAUUUAGAAAACUCUACCGAACCCACUACCUUGAGACAUCGAAGAAGUUUGUUUUAUUUGGACAGCUUGAAGAAAAAAGAGGACCAAGUUGAACAUAAGAAUAUGGAGGGGCUUUUUGGAGAUUAUUCCUUGAAUUUGACCGAUGUGAGUAUGUUCAGUUUGCCUGGCGACACUGUAAAAAUUCCUUGUGAAU